AUUAGAAAGCACCGCUUGCUCUUUAUGGUGUGAUGUCCUCAAGUCUGUCCCAAAAUGCACUCCCGUGUACCCUUGUGGACUCGUGCCUAGUGCCCUAUAAGUCUGCACUUCCUGACGUCAUCAAGUGUGGACUCGGAGGAGGUCCACAAGAGCGGAGUGCGCCAUUUGGAACAGGGCCAAAGACCACAGCCUAGAACGCUUGGGCCAAAAACAGGAAAUACGUCAUGAAAGUAGUCAAGUGGUCAAGUGCAAAGACCGCAAAUGGGGGUACAUGACGCAGCCGAAGUCUCGCUUUGAAAGUGAAAGUGACGCAGCUGUUUCUUCAACACACAGGAUUCAUUUAUCUGAAUUAUAAUGGCUGUUUAUUCACUUUGAUUAUGAGUUUUUUUUGUCCGUGAAUUUCAUUUUAGUGUCAGUUGUGGAGAUCAGGUUAAUCAGAUUCAUCUCUGUAGCUCCGUCAUGAACGAAACAAAAACAUCCACAGAUGAAGAUUUCUCUCCAGGAUGCAGUUCAGUUCAUCAGGAGAGAUCAGAUCCAGAGUUCAGCUGUGUGUCUAUGAAGAGUGACAUGUCUAAGGAUUUGUCUAUCUACUUUAAGAGUGGAGAUACAAGGCCCAAUCUCAGAUCAGCUGUAACAGUCGGUAAGAAGAGAAAGUUUGAGCAGUCUGAGAAUCGGCCACAAGACGUGUGUCCUGGUUUCAGCCAUAAAUCUAAUCUUGCUGAAGUCCUCAACACAUUUAGAUCAAAUCUGAGAGAGAAGUGUCAGAGUUUGUAUGAGGGAACAUCACAUGAGAGAAACCCAACACUGCUGAAUGAGAUCUACACAGAGCUCUACAUCACAGAGAGUGAAAGUGGAGAGAUCAGUAAUGAACAUGAGGUGAGACAGAUUGAGAGACAAUCCAGGAGAACAGCAACAGAGGACACACCGAUCAAAUGCAACGACAUCUUUAAAGCUUUACCUGCACAAGACAAACCCAUCAGACGUGUGCUGACAAAGGGAGUCGCUGGCAUUGGAAAAACAGUCUCUGUGCAGAAGUUCAUUCUGGACUGGGCUGAAGGGAAAGAGAAUCAGGACGUCCACCUCAUAUUUCCACUUCCUUUCAGAGAGAUCAAUCUGAUGAAGAACCAAACACUCAGUCUUUUACAUCUUCUUCAUCUUUUCUUCCCAGAGACAAAAGAAAUGGAAAUCUCCAGCGGUGAAUAUAAAGUGUUGUUCAUCUUUGAUGGUUUGGACGAGUGUCGCGUGUCUCUGGAUUUCCACAGCAGUGUGAGGUUGUGUGAUGUCAAUGAAUCAGCCUCAGUGGACGUGAUCCUGACAAACCUCAUGGCGGGGAAUCUGCUUCCCUCCGCUCUCAUCUGGAUCACCUCCAGACCAGCAGCAGCUGAUCUCAUCCCCUCUGAGUGUGUUGAUCGAGUCACAGAGGUACGAGGCUUCACUGACAAACAGAAGGAGGAAUACUUCAGCAAGAGAAUCAGUGAUGAGAGUCUGAACCACAGAAUCAUCUCACACCUGAAGUCAUCCAGGAGCCUGUACAUCAUGUGUCACAUCCCAGUGUUCUGCUGGAUUUCAGCCACUGUUCUAGAGAGAAUGUUGAGUGAAGCAGAGAAUGAAGGAGAGAUCCCCAAGACUCUCACUCAAAUGUACACACACUUCCUGAUCAUUCAGACACACAUCAAACAUCAGAAGGACUAUGAGAAGAAAGAGCAGAAUGAUGAAGACAUGAUCUUCAAACUGGGCAAACUGGCCUUUGAGCAGCUUGUGAAAGGCAAUGUGAUCUUCUAUGAUGAGGACCUGAGAGAGUGUGGCAUUGAUGUAGCAGAAGCAUCAGUGUACUCAGGAUUGUGCACUCAGAUCUUCAGAGAGGAGUUUGGCUGGUAUCAGGGGAAAGUUUACUGCUUUCUUCAUCUGACCAUUCAGGAACAUCUAGCAGCUCUUUAUGAUCACAUCUCCUUCAUAAACAACAACACAAAUGUGUUUAAUUCAAUUACUAUAUUACCUCGAGGAGAAAAGGUUUCAGUCCCUGACCUGCAUCAGAGAGCUGUGGAUGAGUCUCUACAGAGUAAAAAUGGACAUCUGGAUCUUUUUCUUCGUUUUCUUCUGGGUUUGUCGCUGGAGUCUAAUCAGAAUAUUCUACGAGUCCUGAUGACACAGACAGUAAGAAGCUAUCACAGCAAUAAGAAAACAGUCGAAUAUAUAAAAAAGAAGAUCAGGAGCAUUCGAUCUCCAGGGAAAUCCAUCAAUCUGUUUCACUGUCUGAAUGAACUGGGUGAUGAUUCACUAGUGGAGAAAAUUCAACAUCAUCUGAAAUCAGGAACAUUAAGUGAAGUCAAACUCUCUUCAUCUCAGUGGUCAGCUGUAGUUUUUGUGUUGUUGACAUCAAAACAGGAGCUGCAUGAGUUUCAUCUGAAAGAGUUUGUUCACAAAGAAAACAAAGCUGAAACAUUGAAGGUUUUUAGGAGGCUGCUGCCUGUGAUUCGUGGAUCCAGAUCAGUUCAGUUACGUGAUUGUAAUAUCACAGAUGAAGGUUGUGUUGCUCUGACUUCAGCUCUAAGAUCAAACCCCUCACACCUGAGACAUCUGGAUCUGUCUGAUAAUAAUGUUGGAGAUUCAGGAGUGAAGCGGAUCUAUAAUGUACUGGAGAAUCCUCACUGUAAACUGGAGAAACUGGAGUAAGAUCUUUUCUACUAAUAAAAUAAUUUCAUUAAACAUAUAAGCAUGAGAAUUUAACACAUGUUAGAAUAAUCUUUAUUUGUCAAAUGGUUCAGUGACACUUUCUAGAUCAAACAUUCAGAUCAGCAGGUUCAAGGACUCUAUCCUAAAAGCAAACUAAUAUUCUGCUAAACUAAUGCUACUAAUACGUUUAAUGUGCAUCCAGUUGGUUCUUAUCACCCCUUCAGUGAGAUGACUUGCAUCAAGGGUUUCGUCAGCCGAAUCUCUUUGAACUGUUCAUUUACCUGAAGUACCCCCUAAGUGGUACUCCCCCUGAGGAAGUAAAUAUUUAAAAAAACUUUAAUAGCACAUUUGCAUGUUUAACUUGUGUAACUUUUAUUUUUUUGAUCAGUUUCGAGGUUUUUAUUAUUAGUAUUUUACGUAACUUGUUGUUUCUAAACAUUUUUUGCAAUUAAAUUUUUUUCAAAGUAUUGGAAACAACAUGUGAACUGGCAGACAUUCGGGAAGGGGACACUACACAAAACGUCGCUCCAAAUAAAGAUCAAAGGACGUUUUUAUUGCUUCUUUUGCCAAGUGAAUUUCAUUCCAUUCAGAGUUAUCACAUCAAGAGCUUUACUCUUCGAAGAGAGUAGGGCAGGGAUGAGCCCUUCGGAGUGGAACGCAGGGACGUGCACCUCACGUACCCCCUGAAAUUCCCUUGUGAACCACCAGGUUUGGGAAAGCCCAGUUUGGGAAAUCCUGCCGUACAUUCAUACAGUAUAUCUAGGAAUACAUUCACCCAAAAGUAAAAGUUCUGUCAUAAUUUACUCAUGCUUUUGUUGUAAACUCGCAUAACAUUUUUAAUUUCAUGCAGGUUGGCUGGUUGUAAUAUCACAGAUGAAGGUUGUGUUGCUCUGACUUCAGCUCUGAGAUCAAACCCCUCACACCUGACAGAACUGAAUCUGCAGAGAAAUAAUCUAGGAG